AGAGAGCUGAUAGCCCUGGUGGACACCGUCAGCAAAACACCCUGGACGGAUCACGGCACUAGUCAAUGGUAGCGGUGGGUGCUAAGGAAUAAUGUACACAGUAAGUACCCUGAGAAGUGGGCAGCUACCCAGCUCCUCUACACACUAAUCCCCUACUAGCUCUAACACUAGCAGCUCCCUGAACCAUCGCAUCAGUUGAUGGAGACAACCACUGUUACCAGUCAGGCUGUUAUACAAAUAUUCUGCUGGUAAAACCCCGGGAGUCUCAGGUAGUUAACUGUCAGGCUCGCUUGCAGUCAAUCAAUGGUGGACAAAUUAUCCGAAGUACAUCCCAGUGCCAUCAAAGUAGCUCUGGUGAUCAGAGGGGGGAAGAGGUCCGUGAUGUGGCCGGCAGACCCUUGACUCAUUCCAGGGCCGAUAAUCUAGUCGUCUACUAAGAGUUAACGUGCGUAGCAGCGACAGCUCUUCCCCCCUCGCCCAGCGAAUAGUCUACUGCCAAACUAACAGGGGGGCUGAUUCCUGAGAGGAGAUGACCCUGCCGCCGUAGUCAAAGUAGUGGUAGCCGUUAUUCUCCAAAGGCAAAAUCCCAAACAACGGAGCCAGAACCAACGCGCAUCGCCCAUGACUCCUCUCCAUUCUCCAUCCUCCGGUUCGUCGCUGCCGUCCCUUCCCGUGCUGCUCUGGACCUGCCACUUCCGACUCUUCCGAUGCUUUCCAGAUCCGGUGACAAUGGCUAAUCCACAGUGGCCAUCGCUAACUUCCCAUGGCAGGUCAUACGGCAAAUCAAUCAAUAUUAUUAAGAUCCCCCCGACGGCGCCGCCCAGCGCCGUUGCAGAGGCACCUCACUGUUACAGGAAAGAGGAGUCAGAAAAAAAAAAAAAAUCCCUCCG